GGACAAACCCUCUAGGCCCUCAAAAUAUCAACGCUACUAUUUUUCCCUCUCCGACCAGUCAUUGACACUCCCCUCCUCCUUCUACACAUUCCCUCUCCUCCUGUCAGUAUGUUCAAGCUCGCCCGUAGCCGGCCCUUCGCGGCAGCUUUCAAAGCUCCUCUGGUAAAAUCCUCGAUGCCCUCUGCAAAGCCAAAAUCUGCUCGACACAGCUUGCUGAUACAUAGCUCCAGGUCAACUCGCCGUCUCGUUUGGCGGUUGUUGCACAGCAAAAGAGAGCUCUGAGUAUUCACGAGUACCUCUCCGCCGACCUGUUGAGAAAGGUACAUCCAUACACGCCCCAGCCCGCGAUGGUCGACGCAGAACUGCACUAAUAUGCGACCAGUAUGACAUUGGCGUACCAAAGGGCUCCGUCGCAACCACCGCUGCCGAGGCUGAGGCAAUCGCAAAGGACAUUGGAGGCGAUGACAUGGUCAUCAAGGCACAGGUUUUGGCGGGUGGACGAGGAAAGGGCACAUUCGACAAUGGCCUCAAAGGAGGUGUUCGCGUUAUCUACUCUCCAACUGAGGCCAGAAUGUUCGCCGACCAAAUGAUCGGACACAAGCUCGUCACCAAGCAAACCGGGGCCCAAGGCCGUCUCUGUAACUCCGUCUACAUCUGCGAGCGCAAAUUCGCCCGCAGAGAGUUCUACCUCGCUAUCUUAAUGGACAGAGCGUCCCAAGGCCCAGUGAUCGUCUCUUCGUCGCAAGGUGGGAUGGACAUUGAGACCGUUGCCAAGGAGAGCCCAAGCGCAAUCACAACCACAUAUAUCGAUAUCCACAAGGGUGUUACUGAUGACAUUGCCCGCAAGAUCUCAGUUGAUCUUGGCUUCAGCGAGCAGUGCAUUGAGGACGCUAAAGACACUAUUCAAAAGUUGUACAAGAUCUUUAUGGAGAAGGAUGCCACUCAAAUCGAGAUCAACCCUCUCUCCGAGACCUCGGACCACCAAGUGCUUGCUAUGGAUGCUAAGCUUGGUUUCGACGAUAACGCUGAAUUCCGUCAAGGGGACAUUUUCUCAUGGAGAGACACUACCCAAGAGGAUGCCGAGGAAGUCGCUGCUGCCGAGUCUGGUCUUAACUUCAUCAAGCUCGGAGGUGAUAUUGGAUGCUUGGUCAACGGUGCUGGACUUGCCAUGGCUACCAUGGAUAUCAUCAAGUUGAACGGUGGAGAGCCAGCCAACUUCUUGGAUGUCGGUGGUGGAGCUACUCCCCAAGCUAUCAAGGAGGCCUUCACUCUUAUUACCAGUGAUCCUAAGGUCACAGCUAUCUUCGUCAACAUUUUUGGUGGUAUCGUCAGAUGCGAUGCUAUCGCGAAGGGUCUCAUCAGCACAGUUGAGAGCAUGAACCUCCGUAUUCCAAUUAUUGCAAGAUUGCAAGGAACAAACAUGGAGGCUGCCCACCAGCUGAUCAAUGAGUCUGGGAUGAAAAUCUUCUCCAUUGAUGAUCUACAAAGUGCUGCUGAGAAGGCAGUAACCUUCUCAAAGCUCGUAAAAUCUGGUAUGUUAUUUGAUUCUUCUUCCUUUAAACCCCGAACUAACGUGUCUAGCCCGAGAAAUGGACGUUGGUGUGGAGUUCUCCCUGGGUAUUUGA